AUGUCUAAAAGUGAAUCCAAAUAUUUCUGCUUGGAUUGUAUGGGUAAAUCCAUUUGUUCUUACUGUCUGAUUCAUCAUAGAGAACAUCGCAUUGUUCAAAUAAGGAGGUCUAACUACCACAACGUUAUAAGGGUUAAUGAAGUUCAGAAGCACAUAGACAUUUCUGGUGUUCAACAUUAUGUAAUCAACAAUGCUGAAAUCGUUUUUCUCAACGAACGCCCUCAAUUAAGACAUGGUAAAGGAGUUACAAAUACAUGUGAAAUUUGUGCCAGGACCUUGCUUGAUUCAUUCAGAUUUUGUUCUUUGGGUUGUAAGGCGAAGAAGAUGAUGUAUGCUGUGGAAAAAGCUAUGGAAUCUGUGGAAAAGCUUUCCAAGUAA